AUGAAUCCCCACCAAAAGAAUAAGGUCAACGUCGCCUCGCUAUCCCCCGACGAGCAGCGCCUCUUCCGCCUCUAUGGAAAGCUCCCCUCCAAGUCCGACCACCUCGCAAAGCAGCUUAAGGAGCGCAAGUACUUCGACUCGGGCGACUACGCGCUUUCCAAGGCAGGCAAAGCCAGCUCCGUCGACACGGGCAGCGUAGGCUCCCAGCACCCCCUCCCCGAGAACAUCCCGCACCUGUCCUCCCCCGGCGUCGGCAGCGCUAGCCAGGGCGGCAGUGGUAACAGCAACGUCGUGCACCCGGGUGGACAGGGUGGUCUGCCGAGCGGAAGCCCAGUGAAGGAGAGCAGCUUCCUGAACCGAGAGACGAGCGCCGAUGAUGCGGAGGAUAAGGAGAAGAAGGGUGAGACGCUCAGCGGUACUGUGAGCCCACCACCUGCCAACGAUGCUGUCCAAGUCGGAAAAUAG